AUGAAGUUUGGCAAGACGUUCCCAAACCACCAGGUUCCGGAAUGGAGUCACCAGUACGUUAAUUAUAAAUCGUUAAAGAAGCUUAUCAAGCAAAUAAACCGGGAGCAGGAGAAGCUAUAUCGGCAGACGGUAGGAGAUGGUAGGUCAGUUGCGCCUCCGGCGAAAGCUAGAGACUCUGGAAAUCAGCAUGAGAACUAUUUGGAUAAUGCUGAGGUGAAAAAAUUACUGGCCUCUUUUUUCUUCGCCCUGGACAGAGAUAUCGAGAAAGUCGAUAACUUCUACAACAUGCAAUACCUAGAAUAUGAGAGAAGAUUACGGAGGUUGACCUCGUCAGCACAGUUCACGGACGUGAGCAAUGCUAUCUUGGAGCAAUCUGGUAUGAGCCUGCUUCCUGGGUUCCAGCCUUCUAAUGAGUCCAAGGACGCCAGUCAGGACCAGAAUGGCCACAGCAGUGAGAGUCAUUCGCGAAGGAUAAUGUCCCCAGGACCUCAUGAUGUGGCAGACUCCUUGGAGGAGGUUUUGGGCAUGCUUUUGGAGCUGAGGUCUCAUUUCCGCAAUUUGAAGUGGUAUGGAGAGUUGAACAAGAGGGCGUUCAUUAAGAUUUUAAAGAAACUAGACAAGAAGGUGGGAACCAAUCAACAGCAUGCCUACUUGCAGGCUAGAAUUCUGCCUCUGGGGUUCUCGAACGAUGCUGAGGUCUCCAGAAACUUAUCGACCAUAAAUGAAUUUUUGGAUAAAGUGUCUUUGAAGGUCAGAUGUGAUAACGCCAAUGAAGCUUCUUACGUUGAACAGCAGAGAUCUGAUUCUGACCUAGCCCUCAACAGAGGUAAAGCUUCGAGUUCUGCUAUUCAAAAACUUAUUGAGGAAGAUAAUGGCACGGCUCUGAUUCAGGAGCUGACAAAAGCCUACCGAUCGAUUGUGUUGGUUCCAACAAGGGUUCUUGUCAAUCUGUUGAACAAAGCAUCAUUGUAUCAAUCUUUUAAAUGCGUCGACGAGCUGCUAGAGAUUAUCCCUUCUUUGCGUGAUCCCACCGAUAUCAAUGUUCGUAACUUCUUUCACCACCAUGUCAUUGCCUUGGGUAAAAACCAUAAGAGGAUACGGGAGUUGGGUGCCAGUGAAUCCAAUGGGAAGGAUGGUCAUGUUUUAGAUGCCGUUGAAUCCAAAACUACCACUGAUGAAAAGCACUACACCAGUUUGAGUUUUGAAGCGGCCGCGCCACCUUACUAUAGCUCCAAAUUGAUAGGGGCAUUUGGUCCAGAUGGAGUAAACUCUAACGAUUCACCUUCUGCUUUGCUUUACAUUUUGGGUAAGCUUCCGGCUCAUCUGAGACCCUGCUUAGUGCAACGGGAUAACUAUAAGCGAACGCCUCUGCACUAUUCAUGUCAAUACGGUUUGGUGGAAGUUACCAAGAUUAUUAUCGAAAGUUUAAAGGAAUGGGGUGCCUGGAAUCCAGAUAUAUCCAUUGAUGAUGAUGUGGCAUGGGGAGAUACUGAAAGCUUGACUCCUCUUCAUUUAGCUGUUUUGGGACCACAUCCUCUUACAGCGGCCACUUUACUUUCAUACACGAAUCCUUCCAAACCGGUUAGCUCACCUCAAUUGAUCCAUUUGGCUACCAGAUUGAAUUCAUCUGCUUUGAUUAAGGCAUUACUGUCAGCUAAGGGCUUUGAUGUAAACUACUGUGAUGAAGAGACGCAGGAAACGCCCCUGUAUAUGGCAGCUAAGCUGAACUUGUAUGAGGCCGCGGCCUGUUUAUUGGAAAAUGGAGCAAAUACCGAACUUACUGAAAAGCUCUUUGGGUGGUCACCAAUUUUUGUAGCUGCUGCAGAAGGCUUCGAAAGGAUGGUAAAACUGUUAGUCGAUCAUGGAGCCAACUACGUCGCUUUCGAUGAAAGUGGUUGGACUCCAAUGGAGCAUGCGGCCUUGAGGGGACACCUCGAUAUUGCAAAGAUGAUUAAAAUCACUGGCCAUCCAGAAAUUACCAACCCCCGUGUUUCACAGAAUGAUCAAAUUCUGGUAGCUGAGACAUCGGAGGCGGCUACAAGCGGUAGCAAUUCUUUGGCAUCUGAGAGUAACCUCACGCAUAGCGAGAGUCAGGCUUCCCUUGAACAUAUAUCAUCAACCAAUUCUGGCGCUUUUGACCAGCAAAAAUUCUUUAAAUCCUCAAUAACCGGAGGAAGCUUACACAAUAGGCCCCAUGCCAAUAUACUUCCACAACCCGUGAAGUCCUUCGGUCAUAGAUAUCUGGUUGACAACGAGUCUGUGAUACUGAUUACAUUAGGCGGAAAUGAUACUCGUAAAACAAGUCCGGCAGUGACUUUGAACAAAGUUCCAGUUUCCAAAGUUUCCUCCACAGAACUUGACACAGCUCUGUCACUGGUCAUAAGCUGUGAUGGUGAUCUGAAUGAUACUCCUAUUGUGUUAGAUCUGCCACUGGAUGCUAAUUUGGAUCACAUCACUUUCAAGGUGCCGUUCAAGCGAGAUAGUCCACAAGUUGUCUAUUUCGAUGUGGUUCCCACGUACGGAUCGAUUUCGGUUAAAGAGGAAGAAACUGCCAAUAGAGGAAAUUUCAGAACUGAUCCUUACUCAAUUUAUGAUGUGGUCAAUAGGUCUCAGAGCUCGCUGAGCUCAACGACUUCUCUUGGCCGAACAAACAAAUACCCGAAAGUCAUUGGUCGCGCUGUGGGACUGUUGAAUAAGACCGGAGCAUCAGUUGGGAUAAAUCGGCGGUCAUUAAACGAUGAGAUGACUCUUCCCAUUAUUGCGAAUGAAUCUCUUGAGAUUUUAGGCACAGUGACUUUUGAAUAUAUGACCGUCUCUCCAUUCCAUCAUCCAAAAAUGUCAUUGGGUCGCACUGAAACGUACUGGAAAUCUCUAGUCACUACCAGAGUGAUCGGGCACCGUGGCCUAGGCAAAAACUUCUCCUCUAAGAAAUCACUACAGUUGGGUGAGAACACAGUGGAGUCGUUCAUUGCGGCAGCUUCCCUUGGUGCUUCAUAUGUUGAAUUUGAUGUUCAAAUGACAAAAGAUAACAUUCCGGUUGUCUACCAUGACUUCUUAGUCGCCGAAACGGGUGUUGACAUUCCAAUGCAUGAGCUAACACUAGAGCAAUUCCUGCAUCUGAACAAGGUAGACAGUCAACGCGGCGAUCAAAGACGUCAUUCUGUCGACGAUAGUGGAAUUUUUGGCAAAAGUGUCGGUGACAGGUUAAACAAGAACGGUAACUACUCAAACAUUUCUGAGCUAUUCGAAAACAGAAUGAAGCUGACGAAAACUUUCAAGGAAAAGAACUUCAAAGGAAACGCCCGUGGUCAUUCCAUUGCUGCUCCUUUUGUCACCCUCGAAGAAUUAUUUAAGAAAAUUCCAGCAAAUGUGGGUUUCAACAUAGAGUGUAAGUAUCCCAUGGUGGAUGAAGCCGAGCAGGAAGACAUUGGUCAGAUCGCCGUCGAAAUGAACCAUUGGGUAGACACCGUUUUGCAAGUGGUGUACGACAACGCCAACGGACGUGAUAUCAUGUUUUCGUCUUUCCAUCCCGACAUAUGUGUGAUGCUAUCCCUCAAGCAGCCGUCGAUUCCGAUCCUCUUCCUCACCCAAGGUGGUACCUACAAGAUGGCAGACGUUAGAGCUUCUUCGCUCCAGAAUGCCAUUAGGUUUGCAAGGAGCUGGAAUCUGCUAGGGAUCGUCUCCGACGCAAAUCCAAUCAUUGAGGCGCCCAGACUGGUACAAGUAGUCAAAUCCAGCGGUCUGGUUUUUGUCACCUAUGGUGUCGAGAACAACGAUCCAGCCAAUGCCAACAUCGAGAUGGACGCUGGUGUCGAUGCUGUCAUCGUCGACAAUGUGCUAGCCGUACGCAAGGGCCUAACCAAAGAAGCUUUGAAUGCUAAAUAG